AUGAAAGAUUUCUUCGCUUUGGAUGAAGACGAUCAAGAUUUCUCGCCAAUUGAGGAAAUGAGUGGAAGAGUUCUCUGGGAUUCCUCCCUUCGAAAUCAUUUCUCACCGCAUUCUCGCGAUUUUGUUCAUUCACCUGUGAUCUCUCGAUCGGUGCGCCGGAAACGAUGCUCUUGUGGAUGCUCGGGAUGUGAAACGUUUCCGAAUCGACCCUGUUGCUCAAAUGAGUGUUGCUCUUCUAAACCCCUCCCCCUCGCCUGUUGCCCUCCUCCACCACCACCAAAACCCUGUUGUCAACCGGCGUUUGGCCCUUGUUGCCCAUCUACUCCAAAUUGUUGUCCCGGUCCUUGUUGCUCGGGUCGACGACCGCCAUUUGAUGAGGGAGAUGGAUUGGGCGAGGAAUACGAUGAACCCGGAGCACCGGCACCGGAGCAACCGAUUCCCCCAAAAGCUUGUUGUGCGGCGGCUGUCCCUCCAGCACCCCCACCGCCACCGCCGCCUCCACCACCACCACCAGAGCCCCCAGUUCAAUGCUGUGAUCAAGCACCAGAAACCUCGUCGCCAAGUCCUUGUGGAUGUCCGAAUGGAGAUUGUGGCUGCGGAAAGCCGUGUUGCUAUUAUCAAAAUCCGGCUUGCUGUGCUCAAGGUCUUCCCUGUUGCCCGCCAAUCCUUCCCCUUCCUCCGCCGCUUCCUUGUUGCCUUCAGCUACCAUCACCGCAAUGUUGCACGCCGGCUCCACCGUGUUUAAGAGCCUGUCCGACUUGUCCAUGCCGUAAACGAGUGAUGCUUGGGAAAAGAGCACGACGAGAUGUGCAUUGUGGUGCUUGUGCUGACUCAAACGGUUUAUCAGCUCCACGAGCCGGUGCUCUCUACGAACGAUCGCGUGCUAUACGAAAGAGGAGACAAGUUAAUGGGCAAUGCUCAAUUUGUGUCAAUGGUCAGCCGAGGGAUCGAGUGAAACGACGAGAGAAGAGAACUUUGUGUCAACCGUGCACCUAUCUACAGCCACAAUACUCACCGAAUAAUCCCUAUCUGAAUGGGCAAAGCAUUGCUGGGAUGAGCCCCGUUGGAGUGCCGAUGAAGAAAAGAACGAAACGAUCAGCUGGAAAAUGCCUUCCCCAUCCCCAAUGCACACUGGCGCCAAGGCGACGCUCAAAAAGAACCCUUCACUCACAAUACUGCGAGCCUUGUGGUGGGUAUUAUGGUCGUCGAAAGCGAGAAACCGAAGAAGAAUGCGAAAAAGAAGUGAAAGGAAAUGACGAAUUUCAAUUCGAGGCCACAGAAGAAUCGCUGUUGGCCAGAAUGAAAAGACAGGCCUACGACGGAAAAGGUGUGCUCGAUCUCGUGAAAGUGUUGAGCAAAACAGUUAAUGGGAAUCAAGGCUCUGCCGGAUGCAUCAAAUUCCCGGCUUGUGUGCUGGCACAGAAAAGGCGGCGAAAGAGACACGUCGAGCGAGUCAAACAAUACCAUAAACAAUUCCGCGAAUACAAACGAAAGCUCGUCACUCACCGAGAAGAGCACAUGCGAUUCAAGCGACAAUUCUUCGCACCCGAUCAGAGUGCGGGUUGUGUCCCGUGUCCCGCUUGGGUGACGAUGGCUUUAGCGCAACGAAAAAGAAGAGACGUCUCGCCAGAGGAUUUCCCGGAAAGCGACGAUCACAAAUUCACUCUAUCCGAGGCGAUUCAAGACAUUCGACGGCGGAAAGGUUACGAGCCAGGGUUUCAGACUCACUCACAAAUCGGUUCUCACUGUGAUCAAACGAGCGAUUGUCUGAGUGAAGUCGAAUACGCCAUCUAUAUGAAAGUCUAUCACACGAGAACGAAAAGAGAAACAAAGCGUCGAGGUAAAUGCACACAAUGCGGCUCGUCUGAAGCAUUGCAUAAACGAGUGAAGAGAACAUUUGGACCCGAUAUCAACGCAUCAGAGCAUGACUGCCUGGCUUUCCCAUUGUGUCGAAAUCGAUUCAAACGAGAUCUUUUCAACUGCAACAUUUGCACCCCAACACCGACACGCCGAAAAAAGAGAGAACUCGAGGAUUUGAAUUGCUAUCCCUGUCCACAAGGA